AUGUCACUUCUCAACUUGUUGAUAUUGUUUUGUAGUAUUUCGGUAGGGUGGUCUAGGCUUAGAGACCCUAGACCACGUGUAGGAUACGGUCUGCCUGAUCUGAUCAGCGUGGAAGAAGAGUGGAACCAGUAUAAAAUUGGCAGCAGGUCAAUCGAAAGAAAUCCUUUGGAAGAGCGAUAUCGGCUACCCAGGUACAUCGUACCAUAUCAUUAUUGGAUUCAAAUUAAAACCGACGUGCAUAACGGCAACCGGACCUUCAGUGGCAAAGUGGAUAUACAUUUUACUGUAGACCAGCCGUCAUCCUUGUUAUAUGUACACAAUAGGGAACUUGGUGUUACUAAAGCCGAGCUGUAUUCAAUUCCAAUUAAUGGAACUGAUCGUGUGUUCAUAGAGCACCUGCAGUACUCGUUUGAUCUAGAAAGAGAGUUCCUCGCAUUUUACGUCCAGAAUGCCACGGUACCUGAGGUAUCAUAUAUUCUUUGUAUUGAGUUUGCAGGAUUGUUAAGGAGAGAUUCCGAUGGUUUUUACAUGGGAGAAUACGUAAACGAUGCAGGAAUAAACCGCUAUUUUGCAGCGACGCAAUUUCAAGCCAUAAGUGCAAGAGCUGCCUUUCCUUGCUUUGAUGAACCUGCUUUGAAAGCAACGGUAGAUUUGCAAAUUAUUCAUAAUCGAAUGUACAAUGCAAUCUCGAACAUGCCAUUGUUGAGUCAAGACACUUCCGAGGAUUUCGAAGAUUUUGUCGUAUCAAGUUUCGAUAGAACACCAGUCAUGUCGAUAUAUCUUUUAGCAUUCUUUAUUUCGGAUUUUGAAUAUUUUGAAAAUGGAAACCAACGCGUAUUCGCUCGACCCAACGCUAUAGAAGAAGUGGAUUUCGCACUUUCCGCUGGUAUAAGGACUUUAGAAACAAUGGAUGAGUAUAUAGGAAUUCCUUAUUCAACUUAUAUGCCUAAGCUGGAUCAAGCAGCUAUCCCAGGGUUUGAUGCAGGUGCAAUGGAAAACUGGGGUUUGUGUAAAUACGGAGAGCAGUAUCUUUUAUACAAGCCAUCUGUAACAACAUUCCGCCAGAUUACCAUGAUUUCAACGAUUAUUGCUCAUGAGUAUAUACAUCAAUGGUUUGGUAACCUAAUAACAAACGAAUGGUGGAGCUACCUCUGGCUGAAUGAAGGUUUCGCUACUCUAUACGAAUACUAUGCUGCUCACCUCACAUUUCCGGAGAAUGAAUUCUUUGAAAUGUUUAAUUCAGAUGUGGUUCAUUGGGCUUUGUAUGCUGAUUCAUUGGAAGGAACUCGGCCAAUGAGUUACAGCAGAGGAGCAGGACUAUAUCAAAUCGCGAGCCUAUUUGAUUCUGUUGCUUAUUCUAAAGCUGGUUCAGUGUUGAACAUGUUUAGGAAUGUAAUUGGUGACAGCGCAUGGCAAAGGAUGGUUCUAGCUUAUUUGACAGAAAACCAAUUGCAAUCCGUGAAUCCAGCAGAUUUGAUUUCCGCGAUAGAAUAUGCUGUGAAUAGCACAACAAUUCCAAACUCAAACACCACCUUUAAAGAUUUUAUUUAUAGUUGGACCGACCAAGCUGGAUAUCCGGUCUUGGACAUACGUCGAAACUAUGUCAACGAUGAACUCAUUAUAUCCCAGGAUCGUUUCUUCAACAAUAUGAUUAUUAACAACGACCCAACUGUGUGGAUUGUUCCAUAUAACCUGGCAAAUGAGAAUGCGACUGACUUCGAUAAUAUUGAUUGGAAUUGGCUGACGAGCAAAGCAAUACGUCUGUCGACUAACGUAUCAGCACAAAGUUGGAUUAUCGCGAAUAAGCAGCAAAUCGGAUUUUAUCGCGUUAAUUACGAUGUCCGAAAUUGGUAUCUUAUCAUCGAUGCAUUGCAUGAGAAUUACACCAACGUGCACAGACUGAACCGUGCUCAACUGUUAGACGACAGCUUUGAGUUGGCACGAUCAAAUCGCAUUGAUAUGGAAAUUGUGUUGGAUUUAAUGUUGUACCUGCAAAAUGAGCUAGAAUAUCACCCUUGGACGGCUGCUAGCUCAACUUUAAGCUACUUCUAUGGCCGACUUCGCGGAACCGAAAACUAUGCAAACUAUCAACACUUUGUUAGACUUCUGAUUGCCCGGGUUUAUGAAACUCUUUCGAUUGAUUUUGUUGAUGAUGAAGAAUCUCAUUUGCAUAAAUAUUUGAAGCAAACCAUAUCAACGUGGGCGUGCACAGUCGGUGUUGAAGAUUGUCUGAUAAGGACACGUGAUUUACUGUUGGAAGUGGUCGAGAAAAAUAGUACGGUGCAUCCAGAUAUUUCUGCAGUAACUUAUUGCUUCGGCCUAAAAAAUUCAACUACAGAAGCGUUUGUUUAUUUAUAUAACAUGAUGAAAGCUUCCAACAAUCAAGUUCAUCGAACAAUGCUUAUUGAUGCAAUAGCGUGCACUGAAAAUAAAGAGGAGUUGAUUGCGCUGCUGCUGACAGCGAUUGGUGGAAAUCUUAGUGUUAAUUAUUCGUUAGCCGAGAGAAGAAGGGUUCUGUAUUCAGUGGCUAACAGCAGCCGGAAGGGCGUGGAUGCGUUAAUUGAUUUUUUGACCGAUCUCUACGUAUACGUGAUUAAUAUACUUGGCCAAAGUACUCUAAACAAUGCAGUGUUAAGCAUCGCCACAAGGACCAAUAAUGAGGAAGAAUUAGAUCGGCUGGAGCUUCUUUUGCAAUCGCUUGAGAAUGUGUUACCCACACCUGUCGCUCAGUCAGCAAGAUCAACUGCCGCUCAAAAUUUGGCAUGGCCAUCAACACGGGAAGGCCUGAUCGUAUCAUCAUUUUUAGAAAACUUAACAUUUGAUAAUUGA